AAAGCACUUCCGAAGUUGAAUUUCUCCGCCCAGAACGAGGAAAACCAGCGACAGUUCAGGAAAUUUCCCUGAAGAUGAGUUGCAUGGCAUGUGUAUAAACCUGUAGGUAUUAAAGAAAUAGAGAAGAAGACGAGAAGCAUGAGGCACGUAGAAAUAUAAAAAGAGCUUAGUAGUUAUGUUUUCGUCUAUUUCCAACGCGUUUGAGUAUAAGUUAUAGAUCAACGCAGAAUAAGGUAUAAGACGCACCAUCAAGUUGCUACUAGUAACAUCACUGGCUAAAACGUGUUUCCUCGCAGGUUAAACUGAUGACCCUGACGACUUUGAUACCAGAGGGUAAUUCUUGGUGUGAUAAAUUUUCCAUCAGCUCAGAGGAGAAUGACUGAGUCAAUAAUGGAAGGGUUUGACAUGUCAUAAUGGAGGGGCAGCUCAGUCAACAGGAUCAAAAUAAAAACCACACACUGCCAGGGUACGAGAUCCAGUGGCAGGGCUAUGAACCAGGUUACAGCAGUGCACAGUCAAAUUUCCUCAUUGAGAAGAAGAUUGGUCGCGGUCAGUUCAGUGAGGUCUAUAAGGCGACCUAUCUACUAGAGAACCAACAGGUGGCGCUAAAGAAAGUACAGAUUUUUGAGAUGAUGGAUGCUAAAGCUCGCCAGGAUUGCAUGAAGGAGAUUGACUUGCUCAAGCAGCUGAACCAUCCUAAUGUUAUAAAGUACAUUGACUCCUUCAUUGAUGACAAUGAGCUGAAUAUUGUGCUGGAGUUAGCUGAUGCUGGAGACCUCUCCCAUAUGAUAAAGUACUUUAAGAAGAAACGGAGGUUGAUUCCUGAAAGAACAAUAUGGAAGUAUUUUGUGCAGCUGUGUAGUGCUGUGGAACACAUGCACUCCCGCAGAGUCAUGCACAGAGAUAUAAAGCCAGCUAAUGUAUUCAUCACAGCUACUGGAAUGGUGAAACUGGGAGAUCUAGGUUUGGGACGGUUUUUUAGCUCCAAAACCACAGUCGCACACUCACUAGUCGGAACCCCCUAUUACAUGUCUCCUGAGAGGAUCCAUGAGAAUGGCUACAACUUUAAAUCAGACAUCUGGUCUCUGGGCUGCCUGCUGUAUGAGAUGGCGGCCCUGCAGAGUCCUUUCUAUAGUGAUGAGAUGACCCUCCUCUCACUUUGCCAAAAGAUCGAACAGUGUGACUAUCCUCCACUACCACCAGAUCAUUGCUCCGAGAAGUUGAGGAAUCUGGUCAGCAUGUGCAUCAACCCAGACCCAGACCAGCGGCCUGAUAUCGUGUUUGUCCUUCAGUAUGCAAAACAGAUGCAAAUAUGGACAGCUAGCCCCUGAAAUGUCCUUCUGAUCACCCACACAAACCCUGUGCUGAAACAUUUGGAGACAGGACAGUGACAAUUAUAGAAUAUGAACUAAACAAGGCUGAACUUAAUUUUGCUGUAAGACUGUACUAAAAUAUACAUUGCUUUACUUCGCAGACCACUUACCUAAAUGCUUCUUCUAGAAGAUUUCUAUCUAAAAGUAGUUAAUGCUUGCUGGAAAUCAUGAGUUCUCUGUUACCUGGUUGAUGUGGGAUCAGUAUUCACAACCUGAACUCUUCAUUUUUUUGGAGAUUCAGCUCUGAUUAGGGGCUGAAAGAUCGUAUGGGUGGAGUACGAGCAGAAGGGUUUGUUUUUUUAAGUAUAGGAGUGAAUAGCUAAAUUUAGCUUAAAUAUAGUUUUAGGUUAAACAAAUAUUUAACCCAAAAUGUAAAAAAAUACUAACAAUGUACUCUUGAAAAUAAUUUGUUAAAACAGUAUUCUUUUAUUAUUUUUUCUCUACUGCAGCCUCCAUCAGCAAUAUGGGGACUCCUCUCAUAGUGUUAUUGAAAUCAACUUUAAAGCAUUUCUGCCAGAAUCAUGUGCCAUCUGCAUGGCACACACUGAUCAUUCAAGCCUGCUCAUUUGCAGUGGUAAAUAAAAGUCAUGUACUGUUUUACAAGAAAA